AUGACGGGCGCUGCGCUCCCGAGGAACCACACAAGAACCUCAGUGAUCUCGGGAAUAAAAUUCCUACUCAUCUAAGGAAUAGCAGAUCUGACAAUGCUGAACGUCGCUAUGCUCUCCACCGUUUGCCUCAUCUUGGUGUGCUGCAUAAAAGCAGCAUCCUCCGGCUCUUUGGUGUUCAACUCAAACGCCAUUAAGGCGUCUUCAGGUGCGGUGGGUGUCAAUCACCCGGUAAGCCCAAGUCCGGAUGAGGUACCCGCUGACAGCGCCAGUCUGAACUUCGCCAUUGACGCACCGCAGCAGCCUUUAAUGUGUGAAGCUGAUGAGGAAUGCGCGGAGGAUGAGUUCUGCUUUCUGUCACGCGGCGUCUGUCUCCAGUGUAAGAAGCGCAGGAAGCGCUGCAUCAGGGAUGCGAUGUGCUGCCCUGGCAACCACUGCAGCAACGGGGUUUGUCUUCCAAAUGAUCCUGACAUGAUUCAACAGAUUGGAAUGGAAGAGUUUGCAUCCAUCGCCUUUGAGAACUCGACUGUUGUGGUGCAGCCAAAAGUUGCAACUCAAGGUUCACCACAAAACCAAAUGCUAAAAGGUCUGGAAGGGGAGAACUGUUUGAGAUCUUCCGAUUGUGCAGAAGGACUUUGUUGCGCCCGUCAUUUUUGGUCCAAAAUCUGCAAGCCGGUCCUGAAGGAAGGUCAGGUCUGUACCAAGCACAAGAGGAAAGGCACGCAUGGUUUGGAGAUAUUCCAGCGUUGUGAUUGUGUGGAAGGCCUGAGCUGCAGAACGCAAAGAGCGGACAGCAACAAGUCCUCACGGAGUCUCCACACCUGCCAGAGGCAUUGAAGCGAUAUCGAAAGGAGUUUUUCUUUGACAAACUUGCAGAAAACAAAACAACAGACUUGAUCAGAGGCGAUGAGCGACUGGAUUUGGAAUACUCUUCGUUUUAUUCUGGUUUUCUCUGUUGUCCUUUGUCGACAUUUUAAAGUAGAUAUAAUUGUUUCGCAAUGGAACUUAAAUAUUGCAGUAAAUUACUGUAUUAAACUGUAAAUAUUAUAAGGCAGUUGGCACUUAAGUCAGAUAUUUUUGUCAACCCUGUUUUUUAAAAAAGAAGGUGCAUUAGUUUAUCUUUAAUGCUUAUACAUCUGUUUUGUUUUUUACAGU